AUGGCAGCACCACGGGAGCUUUCCCCAGAAUACUCGGGAAGUAGCUCCAUAGAAGACCCUGAUGAAGUGCAUACCUUGGACGAGUUCAGGGAUGACAUGUUCGGAGCUGGGUCUAGUGGCCCUGUCCUGAGGCGCGACAGUCCCGUGAUGUCGCUGAAGAGAUUGGAGCGGAAUACACAUGCAAUGGUUCUGCAGACAGCGCAGAGGGCCCUGACCAAGCAGGCCAUAGCUAAGCAUGCCACUCACCUCCGGGAUCCGCAUUGA